GGACACCUCUGCAGAAUCCAGUGUUAUUUUUUUACUUACCGGACUAUAUACUUCUUCCCACCAUGUCAAUGUCCUAGUGCCACAAAAAUCUCCAGACGUCCCCCCACACACUGCUCGUGCAAAGGGGCCUUACUGAAGGAUUUCUUCAAGAACGACAGCGGUACCGUCAGGAGACGACAGGAAGAGUACAGAAAGCAUAAGGCCAGAACAUCAUCCAGUCUCGACCUGCUUCUUGUGGCUCCUGCCAAUUCGCCACUUCAAUACCCCAUACAGGGAUUUACUGUUGUGCCUCUCCAGAGGACUCUGAUACCUGGUCUAGGUGUCUAUGCCCCAGACAGGGAGAUAUAUAAGCACGACACAAUGGGCAAUAAGGGUUACCUAGGUUACCUGUUUAUUUAUAGUUGCCAUGUCAGCCAUCUUACAAACAGGUCGGGGGCCAUUCUCAAGCUGUCACUAGUGGCCUCCCGAGGCCUGCUGUCUGUAGAGGAGCCGGGCACGGAUGGGCUGGUGGAGGGAGACGGAGGCAACCAGCUCGACAUCACCGCCCUCAGCGCCUCUGGGCUCAAUGCCCUUUUGGGCAGAGUGCACUACACCAGCACGGUGUACCGCCUCAGAACGGGCGACCUGGUGCAUUUCCUGUUUGAGAAACACAAUGUCACCUUUCCCGUAGUCAUCCAGCAACCCUCCGUGCCCAUCAUAUUUGAUCUAGGGGAAGAUAUAAACUCACAGGUGACCAUCACCACCAAGACCUUCCUGAGGUACCUCGAGCUGAACACCUUGAUCUACAGCAUCCGCCAGUACUAUAAGACCAUGAAGAUAAUCAUUGCUGAUGACAGCUUUGACCCCAUCAAAGUGAAUGGCUCUGACAUUGAACAGUACUUCAUGCCUCCCGGACAGGGAUGGUUUGCAGGAAGGACACUGGCUGUGUCUCAGGUCACCACUAAGUACUUCCUCUGGGUGGACGAUGACUUCUACUUCACAGAGCAAACCCAGAUAGAGAAGCUGGUGGAGGUCAUGGAGAGCAUGCCCGAGCUGGACAUGUGUGUCUGUACCCAGGUGAGUGCUGUAGUAGGGCGGAGCGGGUUCAGUUACCGGAUGACAUACGAGGAAGGGCAGGAAGAUGAGGGGGGCUGCCUGCUCCGGUUCCGUGGACCCUACAAGGAGACGGUGCCUGGUUUCCCUCAGUGUUCCCUCAGCAACGUGGUCAUCAACUUCUUCCUUGCACGGACGGACUCGGUGCGGAAGGUGCUAUUUGAUCCCCGGCUCAAGAGGGCAGCCCACUCACAGUUCUUUGUGGAUGCUGUUGGGAAACUACUGAUAGCGUCAUGCAACCACAUCACCGUUGACCAUCAGAGCAAGAGGCCAGGGAACGAACAAUACCAUUCCUUCAGGAAGCAGAGUGAAAACGAUGAGAACCGUCUCCUGUACUUCUUUAAAAACCACUUCAGCUGCAUUAACCUAAAAGCUGACUAGCUGGUAGUUCACAGGAUUUUUAAACAAGACAACUCGACAGCCACGAUGGCUGUCGAAUCUGAAGUGGAUCUGUGCCAGGGAUGUGUAGACUGAUAUGAGGUUAUGGGAAUUCAAUCAUGUUUCAUUUUGGAUUGUACAUAGAUGAUGCCAAAAAUGAACCAUUUUCAAAAGAAAACACUUUGUGUUCAAGCAUGCGAGUCCAAACAUCGGAGAAACAAUGGCCGUGUCAAGCUCGGGAAGUUGGUUGGUUUUUAAAUAAAUCAGAACAUGUUCUGAGAGUCCUUGAGUUGCUUUCACGGUUACCAGUUCUCAACAAUAAGCACACCCACACAGUACAGUAGACUGCAAUAGCACAUGCUUGGAAUAAUUUGAAUGGUACACUUGCAUUACAAGAAUGGAAUGGCUCACUUAGUAAGAGACAUCAGAGAUUGGAUCUUACCAUCAAGAUCUAAUUAGCAGUCCAAUCAGCAUCAGCUAUCAGUAAGGAUAGCUUGCCUGAGUCAGGAGAUCUCUUGAGCUGCAGCUAUAUAAAAUAAAUAUGUGCAAACAGUUUCCAAUGCUAGGCUACAAAAGGUGCAUUGUGGUGGUGUGAAAGUUUUUGUCACCUUCGGGGUGUGGGUGGGAUGAGGGCCAAAAAACACCCAUGGUAAAGUAAUUAGUAUUAAUUGAUGAGUUGUGAUGUUUCAACGUAAUUCAGCCCUACCCUGCUCUUCUUUGGGUAGACCUCUUCUAAAUGUUGCCCCGGAUGGAUGUGGUCCAGGGGUUACAUUUGGAGAGAUAGGGUCAGCUGUUAAUAAAUCUCCCAUUUGUAACAAUUGUCUGUGAUAAAAAAAAAGUUUAAAUGUGUAAGACGCUGUUACACUGACGCGUAAUCUAAUGCAAUUUGUGGCAAAGACAAUUACUCUCUAUGCACAGCUCCCCCUGGUGGUAGCUACCAGGUAAGGUUAAUGCUGUGCUGAAUAGGAGUCCCUCCCUCCACCGAUACUUGAUCACACAUCCAGCAUCCUCACUCGAUACUGUAUCUCUCUCUCUCGGCUGCAUCUGCAUAGGAGAACACCUGUAUUACUGAAACCUAGGUCA